ACGAGAUCAGGAGCCGGGGCGUCUCUCUCGCUCCCUAUGUCGUUCUUUCUCUCUCGCUCGCUCUUACAUAAUAAAAACGAACAGAAAAACCAGAGCACACAGAGAGCUACAACAUGUAACGAUCAAUCAGUCGGUCAUGAUCAUAAUCACAGGAAUGAAGCUUCUCUUUUCUCUACUCAUCGUUUCUCUCAGUUUAUCCUCUUCUCUUCACCCUACCUUUGCCAGAGGCAGCCAACACGCCUCUCUCCCUUCAGGCUUCGAAUAUAGUAGUUAUGUGGGUUCUGCACGGCAUUUGUUCGAGGAAAAUCGGUUUCAUAUCAGUGAUGAAGUUGCUCAAGGUUACAUGACUAAUUCUGAUCUGGAGAAGGCCGUUAAGGCAUUCGGGCAAAGAUGUAGUAACAUUUCUAGGAUAUAUAGUAUUGGGAAGAGUGUGAAUGGCGUUCCGCUGUGGGUGAUAGAAAUUUCUGACAAGCCUGGGGAGGAAGAGGCUGAACCUGCAUUUAAGUACAUUGGGAAUGUGCAUGGAGAUGAACCUGUAGGCCGUGAGCUUCUAUUGUUUCUCGCAAAUUGGAUAUGUGACAAUUAUCUUGAGGAUCCCUUGGCCAGAACAAUUGUAGAGAAUGUUCACCUUCAUAUACUUCCAUCCAUGAAUCCUGAUGGAUUUUCACUUAGGAGGCGUGGUAAUGCAAAUAAUGUUGAUCUAAAUCGAGAUUUUCCAGAUCAGUUUUUUCUCAUAAAUGACGAUGUGAAUGUGCGGCAACCUGAAACCAUGGCAGUUAUGAGUUGGUUGAGAAAGAUCCAUUUUACAGCAUCUGCCAGUUUACAUGGGGGUGCACUUGUUGCAAAUUAUCCGUGGGAUGGCACUUGGGAUAAAAGGACAACUUACUUUGGAUGUCCUGACGAUGAAACAUUCCAGUUCAUGGCAAGUACAUAUAGUCGCUCUCACUAUAACAUGUCUUUGAGCAAGGAAUUUAAAGGAGGAAUUACAAAUGGAGCAGCUUGGUACCCUAUAUAUGGUGGCAUGCAAGACUGGAACUAUAUACAUAGUGGUUGUUUUGAAUUGACCUUGGAGAUAAGUGAUAAUAAAUGGCCGUCUGCUAAUGAGCUUCCUACUCUUUGGAAAUACAACAAAAUGAGCAUGCUUAAUCUUGUUGCGAGCCUUGUGAAGACAGGAGUACAUGGAAGAAUCUUUUCAUCGGACAGUGGAAGGCCACUCCCAGGCUCUAUUACUGUAAAGGGUAUAAAUCUCACGGUCAAAGCAGGAAGAACGUUUGCUGAUUACCAUCGCUUGCUUGCUCCAGGAGGGCGAUAUGAAGUUAUAGCCAAUAUGCCUGGGUACAAAUCGAGAAACACGUGUAUCUGGUUGGAAGAAGCUGCAAUGACAUUGGAUUUUGUUCUUGAUCCAGAAGUCAUACUCAUGGGGAAUCUACCACGAAGUGGCUAUCCGAGCAGGCUUGAAUUUGUUGACUUUCUUUGGGGUUCCCACCUGCGAGUUUUUGUGAUUUUGAUGAUUGUUGUAGGAUUUCUUUAUCUCUUACUUCUUCGGAGAAGGAACACUAACCUUUCAAAACAUAGACACUUGGGAGGGCAAAAAAUUGCGGGUGGGGUAUAAGCCUCUUAAUUUUUUUUGCCUUUGCGAAAGCUGAUAUAUUUUACAUCAGGAAAAAUACAAAAAUUAAAUCUUUCCCCUUCAUUAGAAAGCAUCCUUUUUUUUUUGGAUGAAUGAUUAAAAUUUUAUAUAAACAAAACAAAUCUUUAAGCAUCCAUUGCUUGGCUGCUGCAAGUUUGUAUUAUCAUAUAUGUUUUGUAUUUCUUGUAUGAGUAAUACUAAAUAUUGACUCCCAUCCCACUAGGUUGAUGUGGCAAUGUCCAUCGGCCAUUGGAUUUGAUCUCAGUAAAAUGGGAGUUGAGUA